GAGGCAGGGAGCGAGCAAGCGAGCCAAUGAGAAGGAGACAUCCACUCCUCUCUGUCCUGCCUGGCUUGGCUCAGCUCGGCGCGCCCUGUAAUUAGGAGCUCUUGUUGGGUUGGGCGCCGCCCGCCACGGUGGACAGCCUGGCUGCUGCGUCAGGGGAGUCUGGGAACGCCAGCUCCACACUGACUGAGAGGAUAGACGGAGCUGGAGCAAACACCGCCACCAAAAACUGAAAUAAUGAACGGGCAAUCAUCACCUGUCUUCGAGGAGAAAAAGCCGUCCCUCCCCAUAGCUGGGGGCUCCAUAUCGGCUACUAAGGACUCUCCGACCCUUCCGGAGUCCUCCUCCACGGACAUGGGCUUCUACAGCGGCCAGAGCGCGCUCCACGGCACGCAGGAUUUUUACCAGGCGCAGCAGCCGUAUUCAGCCCAGCACAUGAACCCGUACGCUUACCACCACUACAACCUGAACGGGAUGGCUCCGGGAGGUGCCUACCCGGUCGGUAAAGCAGAGUACCCGUACCCCCCCGCAGCGUACAGGGAGCACGGAGCUUUCAGCAGGGACGUCCAGUCUACGCUGCUGGAAAGUGUGAAAGAGGAACCUGACCUGGAAGUUCGGAUGGUCAACGGGAAGCCCAAAAAGGUGCGCAAGCCGCGGACCAUCUACUCCAGCUACCAGCUGGCCGUGCUGCAGAGGAGGUUCCAGUCUGCACAGUACCUGGCCCUGCCGGAGCGAGCCGAGCUGGCUGCACAGCUGGGCCUCACACAGACACAGGUGAAAAUUUGGUUCCAGAACCGUCGCUCCAAGUUUAAGAAACUCUUCAAGAAUGGAGAGUUUCCUCUCAGAGAUGUCCCUCUUGAACACAGUCCAGAAGCCAGCGAUUCCAUGGCCUGCAACUCUCCCCCGUCCCCAGCUGUGUGGGAAAACGGAAACAGCAACAGUAACAACAAUAGCAAUAACAAUAGCAGCAACAACACAAACAGCAGCGGCAUGAAAAAUAAUUCAAUGCUGGAUCCUUCCAGCAGGGGACAGGAUCCAUAUCAGCCUCCAGUCGAUUCAUCACCCGCUUACAUGGAUGAUUACACACACCAGAACUGGUACCAGCAGCAGGGUGUGCAUUUAGGUUUGCCACAUUCAGGCCAGACACACCACACGCCACCAACAGCACCGUCAGCAACACAGAGUAUGGGAGCCGUCUACUGAUCCAGGAAAACAGACUCUCGACAUUUUGACCUGAGCCCUGUGCUUUUUUCUUCUUUUUUCUUGUAUUUUUACUUUUUGAAAUAUCUUCAUAUUUAUGUUAGGAACUUUUUAUUUUCUACUCUAUUUGCUAUUAUUCUGUUGUUUGCUUAAAAUGUUCUUCUGGAAUUAUUUUUACGACCAAAACAAAGAAAAGAAAAAAACUACUAAAAGUCUGCUAAAAUUCACAAAUCCACAUUCACUCAAGUAAACUUAUUUUCUUUUGGGAAACAAUGGAGUUAGCAUAAGAUGGACCCAUGCUAACUUCCUGUUUUAGAUCUUUGUUUACAGAUAAGCUAAGCUAACCUGAUGUUAGCUUAGCAUAGCCAUAGUUACAUAAUAUUUGUGUUGUAUUAUUCCUUUUGAUGUUCUGGUCAUCUCUGCUUGGGUAGAGUGGCUCAAAAACUGAACAUUUAACAUACGUGCGAAUAUGAGGCCAAACUUGGUGGUCAGGUUGCAUUGUGGGUAACGUAAGUGCAACUUCUUUAGCUAAGGGGUAAGGAAUAUAAUUUAUUUGGCACUGAAUAUGGAAGAAUAUUCAAAACAGAAAGAAAUUAACCUCUCAUGCUCUCAUACUAUUAGCAAGAAAAUAUAGCAAGAAAAUAAUCUGUUAAUGUGAGUCGUAAUAAUAAAGCAGUUUCUUGUACUUAUUAAAAAUAAAAAUUUAAGUUAGCCAAGUCAUCAAAAUUUCUGAACCCAUAAUUAUGACCAUCAGAAUUAGUGGGAAAAGAUUGUUUUGGUUAACUGUAUAGAAUCCGUCAUUUGGCUAUUCUUUUAUUGAUUGUUAUAUAUAUUAAUAGCAAAUAAAAAAGUAAGCCAUUGCCAUUCUUUACUUUUAAAUCUAUUAAUACUCCAACCAGGAUAGUUAGCUGUCUGCUUCAUAUUUAGAGCAUUUAAAAGGUUUUAAUUAGAAUAAAAACUAAUCCCCAAAGAAGCAACGGCGUGUAAAGCCAUGGUUAAACUGUGACAGCACCAGUUUGACUAGACUAGUUUUGGCCUGCAAAAAGACAAAGCAAGAUCGUCAAGAUGCCUUAUUUCUGGCAUGUGAUUUUCUUCAGGGCAAGUUGGUAAAAUCUGACAGGAUGGGUAUAAAAUGUGAAGCCUUCAGGCUGUUUUACAGCUUGCUUUUAAAGCGAUAUUGUGUCAAGAUUUUUAAUAUGUCACAUAAGAGCAGAAUUUAUUAAGCUGGUGCCCAAGUCUAUUAGACUUGUGUCUCAGUCUGCAUAUGUAUUUUAUUCUUCCUUCUUAGACUUAAGGCCAUUUUAAGAGAAGAAAUUAUGAUCUUACUUAUCUCCACAUCUUUUAAACAUCAAGGCCCAAAUCUUCCAGAUGGCCAACUCUUACUGGAGAUGACCCCAUGACAUCCACAUGACAAAAUCAUUUUUUUUUUUUUUUUUUACCAAACUUAUCAAAGCCUGUUAAAACCAGAGAGGACUUAAUAAAGCUUACUACGAGUUUUUAACUUAUCUGCAUGUAUAUAAAUAUAUAAAGUAGCCAUUUAGUUCCUGCCCACUAACAUAGUCAGACUCUGGGUGCUUUAAGUACACAAAAUGAGUAAGUUGGUGCUAAAAGAUUUUAAAAAUGACAUGUAAAAAUUAUAAUAACACACGCCGUACUCAGGUUAUUUUUUAUUUGUUUUAUUUAUGUCAAUUGUAGCUAUGAAGAAGCACAACAAUUUGUCUCAUUGAAACAUUAUCAAGUUUCCUGAAGAUAAUUACAAAAUUAAAAUGUAUUUUGUGUAUUUCACUCAGGUGUUAGCAUAUUAAUUUCUGCAUGUGUUUACGUGUGAAUUCUGCUCACACACAUAAAGGCGCUGACGGUGCUUAUCUGCUGCUCGGCAGAAUGAGUCAGACAACAGAUACUGGUUGCACCCAGCCAUAUAUUUUACACUCACAAGCAGGGUGCGUGUAAAGGAGGUUGUGGGAGGUAACAGUGCAGCAGACACUCUGGAGUCUGUGGACGCUAAUAACACACCUCUGACAUGGAGAGACGGUGUGCGCUGCUUUCAUGUGGCAUAGAUUUGGAAGGGGAGGAGAAAAGUGUGUGACUGCAAAACAAGCUUGGCAAAAUGAGGAAAUAAGGGGAAAAAAACAAACAAAAAAAAAACAAAA